UGUUGUUGCAGCACGGGGCACAGCACUGAUCACAGAACAGACGCAUGCUCAGUCAAAUCAUGGAUUUUCCUUGGAAAUUUCUCCUUCUCGUCUUAAUAGUGGAAGGCAUCCAGGCAGCUGCAGACCUGCCCAAGCACAUGAAUGCCUUCCUCCAUGUGGUGGAGAGUCUUGAGGCCCAGCACCCCAGCCUGGAGCCUCUCACCCUGGUGAGGGAGCUUCGUAGAGUGGCCAUGCUCGACAGCCCCUUCAUCCAGACAUACCUGGGAGCUCUGGAGAAACACAGCAGACCCAUUACAGUAAACGCCACUGUCCAAAAGUACCUGUCGUCAGUCAUGCAGCACAAGGUGACGUCGUCUGGGGUGGAGAAGGGUGUGGUCCUCACCCAUGAUGGCACCACCGUGGCUCUGGCCCCCCUGCUGCUGGGCAUCGAAGCGGGCCUGCAGACCGUCUCUAGAGGACGCGUCCGGGGGCUCCACCCUCUCACCCUGCCCAAAACCUUGGCCCUGUCCUUCCUCCAUCACUUCAGAAGCCCUGUGCACUCACGUUCACCCCAUUUUGGCCCAGAUGGAUGCUGGGACAAUGUGGCCUCCCCGCAGGUGUUCACCCUCUCAGGUGAGCCCUCUCUGGCCACUGACGCCGAGAUCAAUGGCUGCAUGGAUGCUGUGAUUCUGGGGAUGGAGGUGUCCGACCCUGCCCGCCGUCCUGCCAAGCUGAGCACCCUGCUGAGGAGGUACUACAGCUACCGUCUGACUGCCAAGGGGCUGGGCGCCGCCCCCAGGCUCAUCAGUGCCAAACGCAGGCAGAACUUGAAGCGAUUGGUCAGGCCUGAACAGCUGAAGAAGCAGGUGAGGAGUGCCUUGGCUAUGCACCAGAAGCUGAAUAGAAGCAAGACCAAACAGCAAAAGAUGAGGAGAAAUACUCUUGAAAAUAUGGUGGAGGAAGGAGUACGUGCAUUUGAACACAGGUACAUGGUAUGCCCAGCUAUCAUCCCACGCUGCCAGUGGGGUGCCGAGGCGUACCGGGGCGAGCCCACCAUCCUCUCUCUGCCUCUGUCCUUCCUGUACAUCCACCACACCUCCUCUCCCAGCGAGCCCUGCCUGACGUUUGAGGCCUGCUCCAGGGACAUGCGGUCCAUGCAGCGCUUCCACCAGGAAGACCGCGGCUGGGACGACAUUGGAUACAGCUUUGUGGCAGGCUCCGAUGGCUACAUCUACGAGGGCCGGGGGUGGCACUGGCAGGGGGCCCACACCAAGGGCCACAACUCCCGGGGCUACGGGGUCUCCUUCAUCGGGGACUACAUGGCGCAUGUGCCCUCCUCUAGUGCCCUGAACCUGGUGAAGCAUGACCUGGCCACGUGCGCCGUGAGUGGGGGGCGCCUUGUGCAGGACUACGUGGUGCACGGGCACAAACAAGUGGUGGCGGGCACCUCCUGCCCUGGCGAUGCCCUCUAUGCCAAUGUGCAAAACUGGGAGCACUAUAAGGAAGUCCAGAGCUGAGGACCGCAGAGCAGAGGGAGACUUAUCUUGAAGCAAGAAUUUACAUAACGACAUUAAGAUGACUUACUCACCCCAUUGUUUCCUUCAUCCUUUCAAACUUGUGUUGACAGAGGGCUGGCCAAAAGUGUAGCCUACUCUGCAUCGUAUUCUAUACUGUAUCAAAUUACUCAUUUCUGCCACAUUUUUUUUAAAUCUUGCAAUACAAUAUGUGACUAUGUUUAAAACACAGAGUGAGCCCAAUCUCAUUCACUGAAGGCUGUAGACAGUGGGAAACAGUGGUGUUUGUGAUUUAAGAUGCUGUUUUGUUGCCCUCCUCUGGUGGAAAAUGAGAAACGCACGUUAGUAAUAUAUCGCACUUGAUAGGCUAUCCCAAAACUACACCCAUCCAAAAAUGGCCACAAAUUAUUCUUCAGCAAUGGACAGGACAACGUCCUUGAUGGAUGGAAGAUAGACAGGGCAAGGAGGACCUUGUAUUGAUAAGGGGGUCAGUUCUCUUAGCCAUAGGAACGGUAGGCCUAUGUCUGAAACAUCAUAUCACAGCUGAAUAAAAGUUAUAUUAAUCAGUUUAUAAUUACAA